ACAGUUUUUACUUUAUUAUUCUCCGUGACAGUCAACUUUGUCAAAGUUUUCAAAGGACUGAGUUAGUAUGAAUCCUGCAGGACUGGGGUUCGAACUUUGAAGGGAUUGUGUGAAACGGCUUUCGUCGUAAUCAUCACCGCCAACGUCGCUGUAAGCAGAAGCUCUCUGGAUUUUCUUUUAUUUUUCCUCUUAUUUUUCUGUUCGCAUCUUUUGAUUCUAUCUGCUUUCUAGUUUGAUUCUAUUACCGUUAUCCCUUUCACGGUUUUUUGCUUCUGGGCGGUAUAUAAUUUGAUGGCUGCGGCUUCUCCUUCUCUGAAUCUUAGGUGCUGUUCAUUGAAGUGAGCAAUCUCCAUUCUCGCCGAUUGAUCUGCGCAUUUUCUUACCAGUGCGCUUGCUGGUGAUUUUAUUGUUCUCUGUCUGAUUUGAUCUGUGAAAUCAAGGGAGCAUAUCGAAAAUAUAGAUAGAUAGUUUGAGAAAGAGAAAGAGAAAGAGAUGUGGAGUGUAUCGAAGUUUUGGGAGAGAGUUUACACGGUGGCAGAAAGGGGAUCUCGCUACUGCUCUAAGAAGAAGGAUGAUGUCUGCUAUGAGGACCCUAGCUGGGGAAUAAGUAUGUCUAGAUUAAAAUGUAUUCUACAAGGCCUAGACUUUAAAAUCUACAUCUUUCUUUUCCUUCUGGUCCCCACUUGCUUGUACGGCAUCUACGUCCAUGGCCAGAAAAUCACAUACUUUCUGCGCCCUUUAUGGGAAAAACCGCCAAAGCCCUUCAAUGAGAUCCCCCAUUAUUAUCAUGAGAAUGUGUCGAUGGAAAAUCUUUGUAAACUUCAUGGAUGGAGAAUCCGUGAAUUCCCAAGGCGUGUCUAUGAUGCCGUCUUAUUCAGUAAUGAAGUGGACAUACUUAACAUAAGAUGGCAGGAGUUGAAUCCAUACGUGACUGAGUUUGUUUUGCUCGAAUCUAAUUCAACUUUCACUGGAUUGCCAAAGCCUUUGCAUUUCGCUAUCAACAGAAAGAGUUUUGAUUUUGUUGAAUCACGGUUAACUUACGGGCAAGCUCCGGGCCGGUUCCGAACGGGGGAGAACCCAUUCAUUGAGGAGGCUUAUCAACGGUUAGCCUUAGAUUAUCUUCUUAAGCAAGCGGGUAUUCAAGAUGAUGACUUGUUAAUAAUGUCGGAUAUUGACGAGAUUCCAAGUCGACACACUAUUAACCUCUUGAGGUGGUGUGAUAACAUUCCGGAAGUUCUGCAUCUUCGAUUGAAGAAUUACCUCUAUUCCUUUGAAUUCCUCAUUGAUGAUAACAGCUGGAGAGCUUCGGUUCAUAGAUAUCAAUCCGGGAAGACGAGGUAUGCACAUUAUCGGCAGUCGGAUGAUGUGUUGGCUGAUUCUGGAUGGCAUUGUAGCUUUUGUUUUCGCCACAUUAGUGAGUUCAUAUUCAAGAUGAAAGCGUAUAGUCACUUUGACAGGGUGAGGUUUUCGCAUUUUUUGAACCCGAAGAGAGUCCAGAAAGUGAUAUGCAAUGGGGAUGAUUUGUUUGAUAUGUUACCUGAGGAAUACACUUUCAAGGAAAUCAUUGCAAAGAUGGGACCCAUCCCACACUCCUACUCCGCCGUUCAUCUUCCGUCCUAUCUUUUGGAGAAUGCCAACACGUAUAAGUUUCUGUUGCCCGGGAACUGUUUGAGAGAAAGUGGUUGAUCCAAGUGAGUGUGGCUUUUUAUUUUUUUAUUUUUUUAGCUGCAUAAUGCUUCAGGGGUGCUUGGAUGAUCAAGAAUGUGUUGUAUAUAAUAUAUAACCUAUAUAUGAUAAUUGAGCAAGUUGAGGAAUUUACCCAUGGCUGAAUAGCUUUAGAUUCACGGGGUAGCUUUGCAAAAGACUCCAAAUUAUGUGCCAAGAAGAUUGUUUUAGUUUUUUCUAGUUGUGGGCUUUCUUCAGAUCGGAGAAAAUUUUGGUGGUGACUAAUGUAUUCAUACUAUAUAUUUGUGUUAUGAUUAUUGGUCUUUGAGUUUAUCUUU